CUCGAUACGAUUUCUUGAUAAUGCGUUACUUACGUGUACAAUGCGUUACGUAUCAAAUCCCUUUUGAUAACUGUUAAGAAGAAUGAUGCGGAAUUACAUCUUUACAUUUUUAUCUCGCAGGAAUUGCUAUAUUCGGCGGCCAGCAGUGUUACCUCAUGGGUCCAUUGGGGCUAUUUACGUACAGUUUUCAAAAUUUUCUACGGAGCCACCUCAGAGAAAGAAGACUAACUAUAUUUUUCCUGCAGCAGUGGCUAUCUUUGGCACAACAAUAACAUGGGGUGUUUACAGCUACAUCAGAGGUCACCAGAAAUUACGAGAGACAGUUCAUGCAGCAUCACAGCAGUUACCAGGCGAAUACAAGUCAGGCUUGCCUGAAUAUUCACUUGAUGAAGUUGCUAAACAUAAUGAUAAGAGCUCAGGUGUUUGGGUUACAUUUGGCCAUGGUGUCUAUGACAUAACACCAUUUAUUGAGCAGCACCCGGGUGGUGAUAAGAUUCUUAUGGCUGCUGGAGGAUCAUUGGAGCCUUUUUGGGCACUAUAUGCUGUCCACAAGCAACAAAAUGUUCUAGAACUGUUGGAGGGCUACAGGAUAGGAAAUCUCUCCCAAAGUGAGAAAAACAAUGCAAUGGACAGUGUCAGUGAUCCAUAUGCUUAUGAGCCACGGAGACAUCCAGCCUUAAAGCCAUCCAGCCAGAAGCCUUUCAAUGCAGAGACACCUUUAUCAUUACUAGUGGAGAGCUUCAUAACACCUUCUCAUCUGUUUUACGUACGCAAUCAUUUACCCGUACCUGACGUUGACCUGUCAACUUAUGAGUUAGAGGUCGAAGGUCUUGAUGCUAAAGGUUUGGUGCUAUCACUUGAUGAGUUGAAGACCAAGUUUCCGAAACAUACUGUCACAGCUGCUGUGCAGUGUGCUGGAAAUCGACGAAGUGAGAUGGCUAAGGUGAAAGCAAUAAGAGGUCUGUCAUGGGGACAGGCAGCUAUAGGUAAUGCAGUAUGGUCUGGUGCAAAACUUGCUGAUGUUCUGAAAGCUGCUGGAUAUAAAGACAAUCAUCCGAAGGCACAGCACGUACAGUUUGAAGGUCUUGAUACAGAUGUUUCGAAUAUGCCCUAUGGAGCAUCAGUACCUUUUGAAAAAGCCAUUGAUCCAAGAAAUGAUGUUCUCCUGGCUUAUGAAAUGAAUGGAGAACCUUUAUCAAGAGAUCAUGGAUUUCCUGUCAGAGUUAUUGUUCCUGGGGUGAUUGGAGCACGGCAAGUGAAGUGGCUGGGCCGUAUCAUAGUUUCUGAAGAGGAAAGUGACUCACAGUGGCAGCAGAGAGAUUAUAAAGGAUUUUCCCCCAGUGUGGACUGGGAUACUGUGGAUUUCAGUAAAUCACCUGCUAUUCAAGAAUUUCCUGUAACUUCCGCAAUCUGUACACCACUGCAAGGCGAGACAGUUUCCCUGGUAAAUGGGAAGCUUGUUGUAAAAGGCUAUGCAUGGUCUGGUGGUGGUCAGAAGAUAAUUAGAGUUGACAUUACAGUAGACCAGGGUAAAACAUGGCACAAUGCUGAAAUAACUGAUGAGGAUUCAACUGCCAAAGCACCACACAAUUGGGCUUGGUCAUUAUGGAAGGCUGAGAUACCAAUACCUCCAAGAACUAAAAAGGUGGAGAUAUGGGCCAAAGCUGUUGAUUCUGGUUACAACACUCAGCCAGAAUCAUUUGAGAAUAUUUGGAAUCUCCGUGGUGUUCUAAGCAAUGCCUACCACAGAGUGAAAGUAAACAUUAAGUCUUGAAAUUAUUAAAUGUGACUGAAAAUAUGUUCCUAGUAAUUUAAAUAAUGGUGCUAUUUUAUUUUUUCAUCUCAAUCUGUUAUUCAGUAAUAACGCAGCAAUCUUAUUUAUAAUGUAACUGUAUAAAUGCUGUAAAAUGCAGUGAAGGUCAUUCAAACUAGAUCUGUAUCAUAAUAAAUAAGUUACCAUUGA